UGCAGGGAGGUGGCACCAAACUUCACCGGCUGCACGGAGCUGGGGCACGGGGCUGCAGGGACGGACAGACAGACAGACACCGGGGCUGCAACCACCCAGGGACACCCACAGCUUGAGCGCCAGCUGCGGAGCAUCCCGUCCCCUGGAGAGCCUCUGCGCCCAGCUAUGUCCCUGGUGGUGAAGGAGAAGAACCACGUGCGCCUGGUCUUCCUGGGCGCUGCUGGCGUGGGCAAGACGGCGCUGAUCCGCCGCUUCCUGCUGGACACCUUCGAGCCCAAGCACCGGCGCACGGUGGAGGAGCUGCACAGCAAGGAGUAUGAGGUGAGCGGUGCCACAGUCACGGUGGAAAUCCUGGACACCAGCGGCAGCUACUCCUUCCCGGCCAUGAGGAAGCUCUCCAUCCAGAACAGCGACGCCUUUGCCCUGGUCUACGCCGUCGACGACGCUGAGUCCUUCGAGAGCGUCAAGAGCCUGCGGGAGGAGAUCCUGGAGGUGAAGGAGGACAAGUUUCCCCCCAUCGUGGUGGUCGGCAACAAGGCGGAGAGCGGCGGCGAGCGGCAGGUGCCGGCGGAGGACGCGCUGUCGCUGGUGGAGCUGGACUGGAACAGCCGCUUCGUGGAGACCUCGGCCAAGGACAAUGAGAACGUGCUGGAAGUCUUCAGGGAGCUGCUGCAGCAAGCCAACCUGCCCAGCCGGCUCAGCCCCGCGCUCUGCAAGAGGAGGGAGACGUUCCCCAAGGAGCACAUGCUGCGGCCGCCCAUGAACAAGACCAACAGCUGCUCGGUGUGCUGAGCCGGCCGCCUGGGGCUGGCAGGACGGCGGCGGCUGGGAACUCAGGUGGGCUGGGUGGGGAGGAGCGCUGCCUCGGCCAAAAGCGACCCCGCUCUCUCCCAGCCCUUCCCUUCUCGUCCCCACCCAGCCCGCUGGGAGCAGAGAGGGUUUGCAGGGUGAAAGGAGGAGACCCUCGGAUGGGAUGCCGGUCACUUUGGUUUGGCCAGCGCCGGGAAGGUGCGGGGAGAGGGCGAGUUCCCAAAAAAGCAGGACGCCCACCUGAGAAACCGCUGCGUGAGCCAGCAGGCGGAGGUGAGCCGAGGCAAGGGGGGGCUCGAAGUGCUGGGGCUGCAGCGGUGCGACGGCGAGCUUGCGGGCAGGCGGGAGGCUCCUUGCCCGCUAGGAAGGGGGACAAGCGACGGGGCUCUGGCUGCUCACAACAAAAAGCAGACGUGGGCAUCCGUGUGCCGUGCUGCACCCGGCCAGUGCCACCCUCCCGGGUCUCCUCCGGGUCCUGCAUCCACCUGGCCCCAGCACUGGCACGUGUCAUGUUCUGGGGCAGCUACGUUAACACCGGCACAUCCAGUGUCCAAAGUAGUUUUGGUUUUGUACUUGAGUAGGCACGUAGAGCAGGCAAUAUCAUGGUCUAUGCAUCUCUU